AUAAACAUGAGUGUAUAAAAGGUGAGGCUCAUGGUGCUUCACAGUCAGACAGCCUCAGCAGUGAAGAACACUUCACAUCAAGAGGAGCCUCAUCACUGCUAGAUAAACUCUAAAAAAAAAGUCACCAUUCGCCGCAAGGAUGAAUUCUGCGAUCCAGUUCAUCGUUCUUCUGGCCUGCAUCACCAUCUGCACCUCUGCAAGCAUUACGAAAUGCCACUGUGUGAAGACAGUCGAAGCAGUGAGGCCCAAACUCAUUGCUCAUGUCAGAGAGCAUAAACCACGUCCAUACUGCAACGAACAUGAAGUAAUUGUCAUUCUGAAGGAUAAAAGCAAGCUCUGCCUUGACCCAGACUCAGAAUUCACUAAAAGAGUUCUGGAAACAAAAAACAAAUCAAAUAAAAAAACAGACAAGAUGGACACAGUCAACCCAGAAACAACCACUGCAGCAACCACAACCUCUGCAGCAUCACUAUAACAUGGUUAUGCAUCACUGCUGGAACAUUUGCACAAUGGGAGCCACUGUUUGUGAGGUUUCUUUCUGCACAAGGAGCUUAGAGUUGUCAUAAAAUCUUGGCACACUGUGUUAGUUGUUUUUAUUUUAUGUGAUAUGAUUAGUUGGUAGUUAAAUUCAUGAAUGUUUUUUGAUAUUUAUGAGGAACCUGUUUUGAUUUUCAAAGAAUUAAUUUGAAUUCUUAGAAAGAAUUAAUGUUGUAAUCUUUAUUACAAUAUCUGUUAUUUUGCUUUUUAAGUUCCACCUUAAAUGUACACUACUGCUUAUGAGAUAAAAUGAAUGUAUGUAAAAUAUAAUUUAUACUAAACCACAUUUAAUAAAACUAAAAA